UUCAGCGUUACUAUCUCCUAGUACGUUCGCUGACAAACAUUGUAACAAGCUCUAUGUAUUCCAUGCUGUGUAUGCAUGUGUUCACGCGACUAACGACCGCUAGAAUACAAAGUGCAAUGUUUUCAUCCUCUGACCGGUAUCGUUGGAACCUGCACUGGAAUGGCAUCGUUCCGCUGCUGGAACACGCAGCCAUCACGCGGCAAUCGACUGAAGAUUAUUCAUGGAUUCGCGUACCGGCUUAAUCAGCCCUCUCAUAUACCUCUUCGUUUCAACUGACAUUUUAGUUAUUCCUUCCUUGGACAUUUGACAGUUCCGAUCUUCGAUCGUUGCCUCGUUACAGGCACAUUAGAGCAGCAGUACGGCAAAAGAUUUAAGUAUUCAGCCAUAGGAAACAUAAACAUAGAAAAGCAGAAUGUCGUCAUCCACGGUAAACGUAUUGAAGGAUAAAUCGAUUCAAGAGGAAAUUCGUUCCGAUUCGACGAUGGUUAGGAAACCAGUGAAGAUCGUAGGAGCGUCUCCUCUGGAAAAUAACCGAACGAAAGAAUGCAACGAAUUAAAGACAGAAAGGAAGGAUCCGAAGAAGGAUGAAGAAACUGAGAAACGUAAAAUAUCGCAACUGCAAAAUGAAAAUUUACCCAAAACUCAAAAGCAAGAUUCAAAACUCAAAAUCGUAGAGUCGAAAACUAUCGUAACGAAAAAGGAAACGAAGAAAACGGAAGUUGUAGUUCCUAAAGUAUCGAGCAGUACUACCGCCACACAGACCUUUGUACCGGAAUUCAAAAUGAUUCCCAUUUCUAGUACAUCUGUAAGUUUAAAACCAUAAAUAAUACAAUUAAAUU